AUGGGUAUUGUGGAUUUAGAUGAAGAUACAAGUUUCAUGUAUAAUAUUGAUGGCUCACAUGUGUUUGUCGCUCCUCGUAAAUACGUGACGAAAUUGCCGGGUUCUGCAACAGUAAUUAAUAAUAAGAAGUGGUACUCUGUUGGUGAUGUUUCUGGACACUAUUAUAGCUGUCGUAUCUCAAGAGAUGACUCUUACUUAUUAGUUGGCUAUCAUGGUGUACAGGACUAUCAGCUGUCUUCAUCACCAUUUCUCACAAAAACAUCUCUAGCCUCAAGUAUUGCCUUUGGUCCAGCACGGAGUCGACUUAAUGCUAAACCUUAUUUAAUAAGUGACUCGGGCAUUGCCUAUGGAUUGGUCUGGCGACCCAGCACCCAAACCAAUAAGUUUUUGAAGGUGAAACUUAAUUCAGAAAACGAGAUAACUGGUGCAAUUCUUUUUGGUACCUCUUGUCCGACCAAGUUAACCUUGAAGUUCUAUCUAGAGUAUAAGACAGUUUGGGAAUCCUCAAGUCAUGUCACUAAGCAAUAUAGCACAGUACCAGAAUCAUACUUAGAUGUUUUUAUUCAUCCACACUUCAAUGCCACUGUCAUUGAACUGCAUAUUACAGAAGAGUCUAUAUGUGAGGGCUUUCAAUGGGAUCUAACUGGACGUCUUACAGUAUUAUGA